GCAUGCUAUUGUGAAGUUAUUACGACUUGAUGCAGUACUUACCAAAGAGCAGCAGAGAGUGACUCCUAAGCAGGUCAGUAACACAUGGGUGGAGGAAGAACAGCUGGACCUUCUCAGCAGUCGCAUCCUUUAUUAAAAGACGGAGCACAUCUGGCAGCAGCUGCGUUCAUCUGUUGAGAAGAGCGGCACAGAGAGCGAAGCUACAAAAGAGUCGGACCUUCCUCCGAGCGGAAUCUCGCCAGAACACCAGACCCCCGACACUGACCCUCAUGGCUAAACAUCAGCCACCACCCCUUCAGCUGGUCGCGACCCUGCCCGGCGAAUCCCAGGAACUCUCUGACAGGCCCAGCAAGAUGGUCUCCAAGAAGGCCUUUUUCAUGAAAAAUCUGAGCUACUCGGAAUGCCCAACGUUUUCCACUUCCCAGGAGGUCCCCCCUCCCCAGACCCCCAACCUGUCCUCAGCGCUGACCAGGCCAGGUCCAGCUCAGCCUAGUCCAGAAGCCACGUCCCUGGAAACCAUCGAGGAAGCUCCCAAACCUCGCGGCUCUCGAUCCAGCAGGAAGCUGAAGCACUUCGCCUCCAAAUGGCAUUCACGAGUCUCAGUCAGCGGCGGCAGCGACCCUGUCCCCGCUGCUGAGAAGAUGCCUCUCUCCAGAACUCACAAGAAGCGAUGCAAACUGCUGGGUGAUGAAAACUCGCUGCACAUUACGGUUGGCAACCGACGCCAGCGAUACGUGGCCAAGGAUGGCAAGUGCCAGGUCAACCUGGGUCCUAUAGCCGACAAAAGCCGCUUUCUCUCAGAUAUUUUCACCACCUUAGUUGACCUGAAGUACCGCUGGUUCCUUCUGGUCUUUACAAUGUGCUACAUUCUCACCUGGGUGAUCUUUGGCGGGAUCUACUUCCUGGGUGCCUGGUUGAGGGACGACAUUGCUCACGUGCACGACCAACAAUGGCCGGCCUGUUACCAGAACGUGGACAGUUUUUUGUCGGCUCUUCUGCUGUCUCUCGAGAGCCAGAGGACCAUCGGGUACGGCUCCAGGAUGGUGACGGCCAACUGCCCCGAAGGCACCGUGCUGCUGAUGGUCCAGUCCAUCCUGGGCUCCAUCAUCGAUGCCCUGAUGGUCGGCUGCAUGUUCGUCAAGAUCUCGCGGCCACAGCAGCGAGCGCAGACCUUGAUCUUCAGCAAACACUGCGUGAUCUGCGAGCGGGACGGCCGGCUGUGCAUGCUGUUCCGCAUCGGUGACCUGCGGGAGAGCCACAUGGUGGACGCCAAGAUACGAGCCAAGCUCAUCCGGUCCAGGCAGACCAAGGAGGGGGAAUUCAUCCCACUGGAGCAGUCAGAGAUCAACCUGGGCUACGAUACCGGAGGAGACCGGCUGCUGCUGGUGGAACCCCAGACCAUUACGCACGUCAUCAACGAGAGCAGCCCCUUCUGGGAGGUGGGAGCAGAGCGCUUGACGCGGGAGUCUUUCGAGAUCAUUGUCAUCCUUGAAGGCAUCGUGGAGGCUUCAGGCAUGACGUGCCAGGCCAGGACGUCGUACACCGAAGACGAGAUCCUGUGGGGCCAUCGCUUCGAGUCCUGCAUAUCCCUGGAGAAGGGCGCCUUCCGUGUGGACUACAGUGCAUUCGACAAAACCUUUGAAGUUCAAAUGUCCAAGCUCAGCGAGAGGGACAGAAUGAGAAACGGAGCUUUAGAAGACAACCUGACAAAGUAGUCGUCACAGUAGAUGACUUCAAUACUUCGCUGGUGACGGAUCUAUUGUUGUGUAAUGUAAUGACACGCUCAUUCAAUAGCAGGGUCAAAGGUCACAGUGAAACCCUACCACCCCUUUCUCACGACCUCUCAACCUGCUGUGACUGAAGAAACCAGAAGCUUUCCAGAGUCAGAAGCUCCUCAUCUGACCAUGAGCCAAUGGGAAUUGGAUUUCACCCAACUAUCAUCUUUUUUUAAAUGUUUUAUUGGAAGAUAUGACAUGUGACAAUUACAAUGUCAGACCACUGUAAAAUACCAAUAUUCAUGACUCAGGUCACUGAUGGAAGGCAAAUACAAAACAGAAAGUUUUUUUAAACUGAAAUACAGCAAAAUACAAACAUAUAUUACUUAAAAAUAAAUAAAAUAAUAACAAUGAUAAUAAUAAAUAAAGUAUAAUAAUGACUGAGUAAAUAAUGGGGAGCUAGUGUUGGAAAUGGAAAGGGGAAUGAUAGUUUCACACAUCAACAGCAAUGAAAUCUAAAUCUCUGACCUCAGGACUAAGUGUGAGUGGAGGAGUCGAGUGAACUGAAACAAGGAAGAAAAGGUUGCUUUUUACUGAAAAACUUGUUUCCCUCUUCAUUAAAGACAUGGUGUCUGUCGGCCAGUGAGUACUAGAUGGAGGCUUGGUGGACUCACGGUGAAGAGAAAGAUAGAAGAAGUAAAGAAUGAAAAUGGUCAAAUGUAUGUAAAUGGCUUUGGAUUUCCUGGAAGACCAAAUAUAGCAGAGGUGAGAUUCCAAGUGUCACGGAGAAACGACACAUGUGAGGUAUUGCACAUCACAGAGGCCAGACAUGGGCUGGAGGCUUCCACAACUGUCCCAGCUGUUGACACCUCAAGUACGUACACAAGCCGACCAGUGCCCAGGCAAAUCUUGGAGCACUGA